CCGAGCAGACGGUGCCUGAGCUGCACGAGUGUCGUGUGAACUGGACCGGACGUGGAUAUGACAGCGGUCUGUCGUUGAUUGGAUUUCAUUGCCGCGAUGUGCCGGGUCUGUGCGACACCUACGACACCGGACCAGUGGAUGGAAACUCACGGACCGAACGGAGUCGGUUGUUCCCAUCGAAACUGAAAAUCGUGAAUAAAGGAAACGCAAGAAGAAGACUGCUUAGAAAACGAACUAGGAACGUAGAAGUGAAGUCAAGGAAUUGAUUAAUAUCUUAUUAUUUUGAAGAACAAUCGUGGAAACUACGCCACCGGAAACAAGAAGCAAAGCUCCCUCUUCGAACUAGAAAACUAAUCAGCGUUAGUUUAGAUUUUGAGACUCCGUUCGCGCACGAGGGGUGGAGACGUGUAUCGUCGUAGACUCGUCGCCGAUGCUUCCCUCAAAAUUACUCGCCCGCGUCGAGCCGAGCUCGUCGUCGAUCGCUCAGACAACGAGUGCGAAAGGUUCAGGGAACGAGGGCUACGUGGCAACGUUGAGGCUCGUUGCCGGCACAGCACGUCCUCGAGGAUGGAACUGAGAGCCUCGCAGCCAAUCAGCGCCCUAGCAGCGAGUUUUUCCGAGUUCACGGCGAGUCGUUCGAGGAUCGCGAGGAGAGAAACGCAGCGACGCGGGCCGAGCAGCGUGGAGACCCGUGAAGAGGAACAGUAUUGGAAAUUGGCAGAGAGACGGGGAAGGGUUGACGAGGAACCAACGGAUAAGAGUUCCGGGGGAACCGUGAACGAGAGUCCCGAGGGGAAGAAGGAAGAGAAGGAGGAGAAGACGUCGGAGGGGGUUCCGAAGGAAGUGAAAUCCGCCGCGGAAGGAAAGGACACAGCCGCUGAGGGGGCAGAAGAGGCAGAAGAGGGUCGUCCCUUGGCAGGAGGGCCCCACAGAUGCGGGGCCCGGAGGGGCCAGUCCGCGGCGGCGUGACGCGAUGCGGACGUCCUCCUCCUCGUCCCCGAGGAAGAGGAAGAGGAAAGACCUCUCGCCUCUCGACCCUAUCGAAAGUCUGCCUUCCUUGGGCAAUAGUUCCCGCCGAUCUGUCUUCCGCGAUGCUGGCCAGCGACGCGGCGCGUGGUACGAGCGUCGCCCUUCGCCGGAAGCCGCCAGCGCCGGGAAGCACGAAGGUCGUUCAUCGGCGAACCGUGGCUCG